GUUGCCCAUGAAUUAGCUCAUCAGUGGUUUGGCAAUCUUGUUACUUUGGAAUGGUGGAAUGACUUGUGGCUGAAUGAAGGGUUUGCUAGCUAUGUCGAAUUUAAAGGAGUGGAUCAUGUUCAUCCAGAAUGGGAAAUGGAAUCUCAGUUUCCAAUAACCAAUCUUCAAUCGGUUUUCGUCGAUGAUUCCAAGCUGAGUUCCCACCCCAUAGUACAAACCGUUGAAAAUCCUGACGAGAUAAAUGCCAUGUUUGAUACUAUUUCGUAUGAUAAGGGAUCAUCUGUGUUAAGAAUGCUGGAGGACUUCAUGGGAGAUGCCUUCCAAGCAGGAAUUAAUGCCUUCCUCAAGAAAUAUGCCUAUGCAAAUGCUGUUACAAAAGAUCUUUGGGCUGAACUGACCUUAUCCUGGGAGGGAAAUCACCCUGAAGGAGAGAAGGGUGAUGUGGGUGCUAUCAUGGACACCUGGACAAGACAAAUGGGCUAUCCUGUGGUGAAUGUGGUGAGGUCAGCCCCAGACACCUUCACUCUAACACAGGAACGCUUCUUGCAAGACCCAACAGCAGAAUAUGAUCCAUCUGAGUCAGAGUUUGGAUACAGAUGGGAUAUCCCUAUUGGAUACAUUACUUCUCACACUUCCCUUAACAAGACUUGGCACUAUCUGGAGCAGGAGCUAGUGCCGAUAAAGGUAGACCCCGAAGUCAGCUGGAUAAAACUGAAUGUGAACCAGAAGGGCUACUAUAGAGUCAAUUAUGAACCAGCCAUGUGGGACCAGCUUGCAGACCUCUGUGCUGAGCAAGUUCUAAGCCCACCAGACCGUGCUAGUCUCUACAAUGAUGCCUUAGCUCUUGCCGAUGCUGAACUGCUGGAUUACCCCGUGGCCUUAAACCUCACACGCUCACUGGCUUUUGAAACAGACUAUGUGCCUUGGGUUGCUGCUGCCGGCCAUCUGAUUGACAUGGAGAAACUGCUGCUUGAAACCACUGUCAACCAGCCAUUUAGUGACUAUGUUUUAACUUUGGUGGAACCAAUCUACAGUUCUCUUGGAUGGACUGAUACAGGAGACCACCUUCAAAAGUUGUUGCGCACAGAAGUGGUCACUGUUGCCUGCGCAAGUGGAAGCAAAGGCUGUCUGCAAGAAGCAGCAACAGAACUGGGAUCCUGGAUCAGUGACAGCACUCACCCUCUGCCACUUGGGACCAAGAGACAGGUGUACCGGUGGGGAGUGGUGCAAGGAGGAACCCAGGAGAUGUGGGACACAAUGUGGCAGCGAGCUCUGACGGAGAUGAGUGCAACAGAAACAGAUAACUUGUACUAUGGAAUGGCCAAUUUCCAGGAUACAGUCAUUUUGGAGAGGUACAUUGAGUUGUCUCAGGAUGAAAAUAAUGUGAGAAGUCAGAAUUUCCUGCAUAUUCUUCAAUACAUGGCUUCCAACCCUGCAGGCUCUGACCUGACAUGGAAUUGGGUGAGGUCCAACUGGGAAUGGCUGGUGGAUCGGUAUACCCUAAAUGACAGGUACCUGGGUCAGCUGAUCCCAAAUAUAAGUAAAUAUUUUUCAACGCCACGGAAACUCUCAGAGAUGGAAGAGUUCUUUGCCAAGUAUCCAGAAGCAGGAGCUGGUGAGCUCAACCGCCAGCAGGCUCUUGAGACAGUGCGUUCAAAUAUCCGUUGGGUGGAAGCCUAUUCGAGCACCAUCCUGGACUGGCUAAACUCACAGAAACAGUGAUGAUUUUGAGGAUCUUGAGCUCUUUCAUACAGUCACUUAUUUUCAUGCUUUCAAAACAAGAUUGUCUCACAGUCACUUACUGUCUGCAAGAGUUUGGCUUUUCAGAGUUUUGUCACAUGAAAAAACUUAUUUAACUGUAUAUCCAUAUAGCCUUUUAUCCUUUCUUUCUUUAACCUUCCUUGCUCAACGUCUGCAAUGAUAAGAGCAAUGUGUGCUGUUAAUUGUCAAAGGUUGUGUUCAUGUGGAAACCAGCUGAUUUUAGUCAUUUCUAAGCGUGGUUUUUACACCUAGGUUCCAGCUAGAAGUAAAGAGUCAGAACAUUUGCAUCUGUCCAGAAAGUUCAAAUUGCAUUUGUAUCAUCUAUUUUUGUAAAAUAUACAUACUUUGAUACAUGACCUAAAGGGAUUAAUCUGCUAGAGGAUGAGAACUAGUAAAGAAAUUGAAUUGGAUAGUUUAGGGAAGAGAAUGUAAUACUGCAUAUACAUAUUUUAUUAUAUUUUACAUGUGUCCCUUUAUUGAAAUAUAAGAGCUUGGUGAUAUA